GUCUUUUCCUGAAGAGUUAAUCUAGCCAAGUUUAGUCGGUAGCUUCAGUCUAAGCCGCAUUAAUAUCUGUUUGCGUGGAUGAAUCGAUGAGAUAAUUUCUCUCAGAAACACUUCCUCCAUGCUUGGUAAGCAACACGAGCAUUUGGACAUCAUUUGUUGUUUUGAAAGUAGCAUCUGGGCUUAGAGCUAGCUCCCAGGCUCCCAGCAAGGAAAGUGAGGAAGAAGAUGAAGAUUGAUUGUUUGAAACAUAAGUUUCUCUACAAGCACAAAAAUUUACUCCUCAAGUUCGUGCUUGCCAUUUUCUUCGUUGGUCUCGCUUUCCGGCUCCUUUUCUUUUAUUCCCCAGAAAUUUCGCCCAUUUUGGAAUCCCCUUCUCCAAAGAAAGACACAGUUCUUGAUGAACCCCUUGUUUCAACACAAGACAAUGAGGAUGAAGCCGAAACCGCAGAUCAAGAAUCUUACACAGAAAAUUGCGAUCUCUUUACAGGGGAUUGGAUCCCAAACCCCUCAGGUCCAGCUUAUACCAAUGAAACCUGCAAAUUUAUCGAAGGCCAUCAGAAUUGCUUAACAAAUGGGCGUCCCGAUACAGGUUACCUAAAUUGGAGAUGGAGACCGCGAGACUGUGAGCUGCCUCAAUUUAAUGCUAAGAAAUUUCUGAAACUGAUGCGAAAUAAACACUGGGCAUUAGUAGGUGAUUCCAUAUCACGUAACCAUGUGCAGUCGUUGCUGUGCUUGCUUUCAAAGGGAGAGCAACCUGUGAUGGUUUACCACGAUGAAGAAUAUAGGUCCAGAAAGUGGCGCUUUCCCUCAUAUAACUUCACCAUGUCAGUUGUAUGGUCGCCGUUCCUUGUAGAAGCUGCUAUAUUUGAGGACAUGAACGGUGUUUCAACCUCUGAAGUUGAGCUGCAUCUUGACGAACUUCACAGUGAAUGGACAGAUCAGUACCAGAGCUUCAAUUACAUGGUUAUUUCAACUGGGAAAUGGUUUCUCAAAUCCUCAAUCUACUAUGAGAAUGACACUGUACUGGGCUGCCACAACUGUCCUAAGAGGAAUCUGACAGAACUGGGGUUUGAUUUUGCUUAUCGGAAAACCCUCAAACUGGUCCUCAACUUCAUCGCAACUUCCAAUCACAGAGGCAUGAUCUUUUUUAGGACAUCCACACCUGAUCACUUUGAGAAUGGAGAGUGGUUUAGUGGAGGAACUUGCAAUAGAACAGCACCACUUAAGGAAGGUGAGAUGGAAAUGAAGGAUUUGAACCAGAUUCUUCGCGACAUCGAAUUAGAGGAGUUUGCUAAGGCAGCUGUGAAUGCUGCAAGAAAUGGAGUGAACCUUAAACUGCUUGACCUAUCGCCAAUCUCACUAUUGAGGCCAGAUGGUCAUCCUGGACCAUACAGACAGUUUCAUCCAUUUGCCAAGGGCCAGAAUGCUCAAGUUCAGAAUGAUUGCUUGCAUUGGUGCUUACCAGGGCCAAUCGACUCUUGGAAUGACAUAAUAAUGGGGAUGGUCAUAAAUGGCUAAGAAAAUCAGCUAAAUGCCAUGUAAAAUUCUCCGAAGUAAAAGCUCUGAAUUUGCUGCUCUCUGCAUACCACGGUUCCCUGCGAUAUUCGUUCAAACAUAUUCUGACCAGUCAAUAUUUCCCAUUGUUUAUUGUUUUUCUGUAUCCUAUGAAGGCUCUUUUUUUUUUGGUUGACCCAAAAAAGAAAAGGAAUGUAACAAGGGACUGUGAACCUCUUUACAGCUGAUUUUGAUAGUUAUAUUGAAAGUAUAUGAUUGAAAGUA